CUUCCAGCGCAGUACCCGCUAUCAAGUCGCGAAUCCGAAGUCAUGACGAUCACCCACGCCUCCUUCGCAGCCGUCGUUUUGGCCCUCUGCUGCCUGAGUUUGGUCCAUGGCCAGCCACAGCGAGGACUUCCCCCGCCCCGCGGCAACUCCUUCGAUGCGAAUGCCGUCAUACUCAAGCAGAACUUCGACCUCAAUCCCGAUGGCUCAUAUCAGUACAACUACGAGACGAGCAAUGGAAUCCGAGCGGAUGAGGCUGGCUACUUGAAAAACCCGGGCAGUCAGUUGGAGGCUCAGGUAAUGCAGGGAUCUUACUCGUACACCGGACCCGAUGGCGUGGUCUACACCAUCACCUACAUUGCUGAUGAGAACGGAUACCGUGCCGAGGGUGCUCACAUACCCACUCCGCCUCCAGUUCGUGCCGCCGCCGCUCCCGGAAGAUUCUUCAAGUAAUCCCCAGCGUAUUAGAUUCGUGUUCCAAUUCUUCAUCGUUAUGCCCAAGUUGAAAAUCGUUACGUUGUGGGUCAGUUAAGCUGACCAAAAGUGAACCAGAUACAAACAAGAGAGAUCCAUCAUCCUUUCCCACCCACAACCAUUUCCAU